UUUGUUUGCUUCAUUUGACAUGAAAAUCCUGACCUGUAAGUCUGUAACUGUAAGCGGCGUGGAAGUCACAAGGAAAGGAAAGGUCAAUUACGAAGGCAAAGCAUAAAUCGUGUGACAAACUGAACUGAAUCGAAUCCAAGUGCUUUUUUUGCCUUCAACUCACUCAAUUUCGAUGACAGAACCGUCUCCUCCGAACCCUAACAUUCGCAGUCAACAACACUCCCUCAGCAGCGAUGAGGAACCCCGCGAUGAUGACGACAUUGAAGAUGACAACGACGACGACGACGACGUCGUUCAGGAAUCGAAUCGCGGAAUUCCCCAAUCCGCAGAGUCCAAGUUGCGGGAGCAGCGUUUCAAGGUGGAAACCCUAUCGCGACGGUUGUCGUCGGAGCUGGUUCCUAUCCGCGUCCACGACGUGGUUGUAAGCGGCAACACGAAGACAAAGGAUUGGGUGAUUGAAGCUGAGCUCAAAGGCAUCGAGGACGCCACCACCAUGCAGGAGCUUAUGCAAGCUUCGCAAAUCGCCAUUGCCAGGCUUCAAGCGCUCGAAAUCUUCGAUUCCUGCAAUGUUCGCCUCGAGGCAGGACCACCAGAACUCCCUAACACCGCCAAUGUCAUCGUCCACGUUGUCGAAUCCGAUAACAAAGUUUCCGGCGAAUGCGGCGUUUAUACCAAGCCCUCGACUAGUUCUUGGACUGCUGAAGGUACUCUUAAGUAUAAGAACUUGCUGGGAUAUGGUGAUCUAUGGGAUGCUUCGUUGGCCUAUGGUGCCAACCAAGCGACCGAGGUGAGUGUAGGGGUGUAUGCCCCUCGCGUUAAAGGAUUGUUAACUCCUAUUGUGGCACGAAUAUCAAUGCUUUCGCAAGAUUGGCAAGAGUCAUCCUCUUACAAGGAACGGUUGCUGGGCGCGUCUCUUGACUUGAUCUCGACAAAGCACCAUGACUUAGCAUACACUCUUGGAUGGCGUACCUUAACGGAUCCAUCACAGAUGUCAUCCAGGUCAAUAAGGAGGCAGCUUGGGCAUGGUUUAGUGUCUUCUUUGAAGUAUACGUAUAAAAUUGAUAGGAGAAAUUCUCCUAUUAGGCCAACAAAAGGAUAUGCUUUUCUUUCCACCACCCACAUUGGUGGCCUUACACCGGAUCACAGGAGCUUGCGGUUUCUGCGUCAGGAGUUUGAUGUUCGCUUUGCGGUCCCUUUUGGGUUUUACAAUGCAGCGCUAAACCUUGGGGUAUCUGCUGGUGCUGUUUUUCCAUGGGGGCUUGGGUUCAAAACCAAGCCAUCUCCCCUUCCAGAAAGGUUUUAUUUGGGUGGUGAUUUUUCUCCAGUUUGCACCAUUGGAGGACCAACGACAUUAUGGGGAUUUAAAACUAGAGGACUAGGUCCUACUGAACCACGGAGGCAAAAUAGGGAUGGGUUUAAUGAUAACAAUGUUGAUUCCUCUGGAUGGGACUUCAUUGGUGGAGAUCUUGCUGUUACUGCUUUUGCAGAUCUCUCUUUUGAUCUUCCAAUUAGGUGGUUCACAGAACAUGGAAUUCAUGGGCAUGUUUUUGCUGGUUCUGGGAAUGCUGCUAAAUUAACUCAGAAUGAAUAUAGGCACUUCUCUCCUCGGAAGUUCUUAGAAUCCUUUCGAAUGUCAGUGGGAUGUGGAAUUGUCAUUCCUACUAGACUGUUCCGCCUAGAGGGUAAUUACUUCUACAUACUAAGAAAGGAUGAACAUGAUCGUGGGAAGACUGGAUUUAGGUUUAGCUUCUCAGCUCCUUCGUAGCAGCUGUGUUCUCUGUCAGAUUUUCUUUUUAAUUUUUGUGUAGUUCUUCAAGCAUUAAAUAUUCUUUUGCUAUCUAUAUCUACUAUCCCAGCACGGUAUUUAUAUACCUGACAAAAUAAGAUAGGACAUUCAUUCAUAUAAUACAUCUGCAGUUGUUUAUUCUACACGAAGUUGUACGAAAUUCAAAAAUUAUUCACUCAUGUACUGCAAUCGUGAAUUGUAGAUUCAUUGCCACUGAGAAUUCUUUACUUCUUCCAUCCUGCUUGGAUUGUGAAGUAUACACCACUCUUUUAUUGGUUGAGA